UGAGAAGUUUUCCUUGACUCUGGAAAUAAUCAUCUCUGAAGUAACAACUGCAUCCACAAGCUAUAUCCACAAUAUGUCUUGCCAAUAUCACCCCUGGCAACAAAGAGAAAUCUUCUGUUCAACAAACUACAUGGAGGUGUCUGUGGAAAGAGGAGCACCCGACAUUGAUGCCCAAGGAGAUCAGUCUCAUGACUGGUUUGAUGCCUUUCCAGAUACUAUUACUGCUGCAUCGGACAUCUGGCAAGUGGUCUUUCACUCUCCUGUCAAGAAGAACAUGACUGUUACUGAAGCUUUCCAGCUUGGCUAUGGGCUUAAUACAACUGAAUCUCGGUUGUUGCUUAGAGCACCUUUUGAAACUGCUGAAUCUGAGACAUCUGUGGUUGCAGGAAUCCCAACAACUUAUGUCAGAUCAACUACCUUCUACAGGCAAAGUUGGAUGCUCCUUAUGGUAGAUACUGCAGUAGCUUGUCCAACUGGUGGCACAAGGGUUGCAGACCAAUCCCUUUUAUGGAGUGUUCCACUGCAGUAUCCUGCUCUGGUUGCCUAUCCAGAUUCGUUUAAAACUGUAUCUGUUACUAUGGGAGCUAAUGGAGUUUUGCUCGACCCAGAGACGUUAUCAAGGAGUCCCUACAAAUUGAUCACUAAUGAAACGCAUAUCACAAUUCAAGUUCCUGUGGGAGCUGAAGGGGGCUACAUAGAGAGUGAAGUUGAAGAUGGAGAGUAUGGCAUAGUGUACACCAUUGAUCUUAUGUUGGAACAUGUGUGGAAAGAUGAUGCCUGGGACUUAUCCAAGCACACAGUAAUCCAUCCUGUCUCUACACUGUUCUUUCCCUUGCCACUUAUUGUAAAAAUUGAAACUGACGUGGAGACGGAGGCCUUUGUGGUAACAAUUGGAAACAUUUUUCCUGAUGCAUAUUUGGAGUCUGUCUGCAUUGGUACUUCAGAGUACCAAGUGGAGGAUUUAAUAAAACAUGGAAUGAUUGGGAAGACAACCUAUCCCAACAGAACAAUAAGUUACACACUGACUAUACCGUUUCAUAUCCCUGAUGUCGCUAAAGAGUCUUUGCGCACCCUUUCGACCACAUACGUACUGGAUGCUGUCUUCAACUUCUGUGUUGGACCAAAAAACAACCUAUACAGUAAAGCUGUUGCAGUACGGUUUGAUCUUAAAGAUGUAGAACUACUACCUUCGGUUGGUUACUGUGAUGAAAAUAACUUAAAUCUUGUAAUCCCUAAUGAGAAGAUUGGCCAGUUAUGGGUUCCUUUUGUGAAUAACCUGCCAUUAAAUGAUGACCUUGCAUCUCAGCUUGGUAUUCAAGAGAUGAAUAAUGAAACACACUUCUGGGUUAAAGUGCCUUUGUCCAGCGCUGGUGCUAUUUAUGAGGUGAUCACUCUUGAAGGCAUAACUGCGAAGUUCAGCAUUACCGCAAAGAACCGCAAGACAUUGGCAACCAUGGGAAGUUUCUCUGUCUCCUGCAACUUCACCCUCCGAGAUUUGAUAGUUUGUAUUCCAAAUGGCAGCAUCAUUGUCACUGCCUCAGAGAAUACCCUUCCAACAAUAGAUCUGGGAAUGACUACCCUCAAGGAUGAGGGUUGCACACCUAUUGCGUACAAUGAGAAAUUUGCAAUCUUCAACUUCCAGCUCGAUAGCUGUGGUACAACAGGAAGGUUUCAAGACCACUACAUAAUCUAUGAAAAUGAAAUUCACAACAAGAAGAAAAUACUAAGAUCUGAUGUUGCAGUUAUAACCAGUGACCCACGUUAUCGGUUAACAGUGUUGUGCAAGUACCGCAGGAAUUCAACAAUUCAGCAGUACAUGCCUGCAUAUGGCUCCAUUGUGGCACCACAUCUACCUUCCAACAGCGGCCCAAGAGCAAAACGAUCCCGACAGAUUUUGGAUCUUCAUGUCAGACUGUCGAGAGAUAUGAAAUACACAGACUUCUACAGAGAUGAAGAGUAUCCAUUUGAAAAGAACCCGAAAGAUCCUUUGUUUUUUGAGGUGGCGCUCAAACAGGAGAAUACCAGUGUUGAAUUGUCAUUGGAGACCUGUUGGUUGUCUAAUUCAACUGGGUUUGAUAGCAAACAUAAAUGGAGCAUUUAUGAAAAAGGAUGUGAAGUCCAGAGUGCAGAGUAUCUUACGAUAGCUCAUCCAGUGUCAACUGCUCAAGUGAAACGGUUUGAGGUCUUGCUAUUCCCAUCUGUAGACAGCACAUUGAAAGGUCCUGUGUAUCUUCACUGUAUGGUUAUGGUCUGUGAUGCCAGUAUAUAUAAAGAUUCAAGUGACCUUUGCAUGAAGCAGUGUGAGAUGGGACAUGAAUUGGCAAGUUAUGAAUCCAAACAGUAUUUUAACCUUCAGGGAUAUGUGUCAUUAGGACCAGUAUUGUUGGCCCAAUCAACUGCAUCGGCUCCUGAAAGAAGUGUAACAGAGCAAGGCAACGACUCCUAUAGAAUCUGGAUGUGGUUGAUAAUGGGAUCUGCUGUUGUACUCUUUGCAAUUGCUGCUCGUUAAAGUGUACAUCUGAAUAAAACAAAUUCACAAUCAGUCUGUCUCAAAUGCUUAAACUGGUUGGUAAACCUUUUCUAUAAAUUAGACUUCAUGCUUCUACAUAUAGAUGGAUUUCCAUUUGCAGGAGUCCAAAGGUUUUAUUGGUCCCUGCUCUGUUUAGGCCAAUGUGUAGCCAUUUGGAUCACCUUCC